CGGGUGGGGGGGAACCCAGCUCUUCCUGCAUGAACUUCUCCUUCGUGCUAUGCUUUUCCGACCUUACCACUCAAACAAUUUCAUCACUGUAGAUUAGAUCAUCUCUCUAUUCGUGAUCGUCGUCCAACCAUCAAUACAAAACUUGCGGAAUGGUCGUUUAACAGAGGCCGGGGAAUGGUCUUUUCGUGAAGCCAGGAAACACUUUAGUUUGAGAUGACACACUUUUAGGUGCAAACUAUGGAAACACUGAGCUGAAGAUGGGGUCAUACGUUGGACGUUUGUGUGGGAAGGAGCAGAAGCAAGAGGAAGAAAGAUGCCUGCGAGCCAACGACCGGCCUUUCAACCUGUCCUACAACUAUGCAAAUAAUUCCAUUAAAACAUCCAAAUACAAUGUCAUCACCUUCCUACCGCUCAACCUCUUCGAGCAGUUCCAGAGGCUGGCCAACGCCUACUUCCUCUUCCUUAUGAUCCUUCAGGUGAUCCCUCAAGUGACCUCACUCUCCUGGUACACCACAGCUGUGCCUCUUAUUUUGGUGCUCACAAUGACAGCGGUCAAAGACGCCACAGAUGAUGUUAACAGACACAAAAGUGACAACCAGGUGAAUAACCGAAGAGUCGACGUUCUCGUUGAUGGAGAACUAAGGAAUGAGAAAUGGAUGAACGUCCAGGUUGGGGACAUUGUGAAACUGGAGAAUAAUGAGUUUGUCACGGCCGACCUCCUACUGCUCUCCAGCAGUGAGCCGCUCAAUCUGGUUUAUGUUGAAACCGCAGAGUUAGACGGUGAAACUAACCUGAAGGUGAAACAGGCUUUGACUGUAACCGGAGAGAUGGGAGAUUCUGUUGAAGUUCUGGGUCGCUUUAAAGGUGAAGUCGUCUGUGAGCCUCCCAACAACCGACUGGACAAGUUCAAAGGGAAGCUGACUCUGGAUGGAGAAGCAUACUCUCUGGAUAACGACAAAAUUCUCCUGCGAGGAUGCACCCUGAGGAACACAGAGUGGUGCUUCGGCCUUGUGGUCUUUGGGGGUCCAGACACCAAACUGAUGCAGAACAGCGGGAAGACCACAUUUAAACGCACCAGCAUUGAUCGGCUCAUGAACAUCCUGGUGUUGUGUAUUUUUGGUUUCCUGGCAACCAUGUGCUCCAUCCUUGUCAUUGGCAACGCCAUCUGGGAGGAGAGAGAGGGUUCAGUGUUUCUGGUGUUCCUGCCUCGAGACCCAGGGACCAACACGUCUCUGUCCAUCUUCCUGACCUUCUGGUCCUAUGUAAUCGUCCUCAACACGGUGGUCCCCAUCUCUCUCUACGUCAGUGUCGAGAUCAUCCGCCUGGGAAACAGCUUCUUCAUAGACUGGGACAGGAAGAUGUACUACCCCAAGAGCGACACGCCCGCUCAGGCCAGGACCACCACACUCAAUGAGGAGCUGGGCCAGAUCAAAUAUAUAUUCAGUGACAAGACAGGCACCCUGACCCAGAACAUCAUGACAUUUAAUCGAUGUUCUAUCAACGGGAAAGCAUACGGGGACGUGUUUGACCACUCAGGACUCAGGGUAGAAAUAACUGAGAAGACACCAAAGGUUGACUUUUCCUGGAACCAGCUGGCCGAUCCCAAAUUCAGUUUCCAUGACCACAACCUGCUGGAAACGGUGAAGGAAGGAAACACGGAGGCACACAUUUUCUUCAGAUUGCUCGCCCUUUGUCACACCGUCAUGCCUGAGGAAAAGAAAGAAGGCGAGCUCUACUACCAGGCCCAGUCUCCAGACGAGGGCGCUCUGGUGACGGCGGCUCGUAACUUUGGCUUCGUGUUCCGCUCCCGCACGCCUGAGAGCAUCACAGUGUUUGAGAUGGGCAAAAAGGUCCUCUAUGACCUACUGGCAAUUUUGGACUUCAAUAACGUGCGAAAGAGGAUGUCGGUGAUCGUGCGAAACCCAGAAGGCAAGUUGAUGUUGUUCUGCAAAGGAGCUGACACCAUCAUCUACGAGCGACUGCAUCCAUCCUGCGCCAAGCUCAUGGAAAACACCACUAGACACCUCAAUGAGUACGCUGGAGACGGCCUCCGAACUCUGGUCUUGGCCUACAAAGAUUUAGACGAUGGCUAUGUGAGGGAGUGGAUGCAGCGCCACCAUGAGGCCAGCACUGCCAUGGAAGGUCGAGAGGAGAUGCUUGAUGAGCUUUAUGAAGAAAUCGAGAAAGAUCUUCAGCUGUUGGGAGCGACGGCCGUAGAGGACAAGCUGCAGGAUGGUGUCCCACAGACUAUUGAGCAACUGGCCAAGGCCGACAUCAAGAUCUGGGUGUUGACUGGAGAUAAACAAGAGACGGCAGAAAACAUUGGCUAUUCCUGCAACAUGCUGAGAGAGGAGAUGAAGGAUGUUUUCAUCGUGGCAGCAAACACGGCAGAAGGAGUCAGGGAGGAGCUACAAAAUGCCAGGCGUAAAAUGAGCCCAGGAGCACCAGAAACACCCAAGGUGACCCGAUCCCGAUCAGGACUCUUUUGGAGUCAGAAAACCCAAACGGUGCACGAUGAGGACGUGCAAGGAGACUAUGGACUUGUUAUUAACGGACACAGCCUGGCCUUUGGACUGGAGAAAGACCUGGAGCUGGAGUUGCUGAGAACAGCCUGCAUGUGUCAGACAGUCAUCUGCUGCCGAGUCACUCCACUGCAGAAAGCUCAGGUGGUCCAGCUGGUGAAGAAGUACAAGCAGGCUGUCACUUUAGCCAUCGGCGAUGGAGCCAAUGACGUCAGCAUGAUCAAAGCGGCUCACAUUGGUGUUGGCAUCAGUGGUCAGGAAGGAAUGCAGGCCGUUCUCUCCAGCGACUACGCCUUCGCCCAGUUCCGUUACCUGCAGCGCCUCCUUCUGGUGCAUGGGCGCUGGUCCUACCUGCGCAUGUGCCAGUUCCUGCGUUAUUUCUUCUACAAAAACUUUACCUUCACCUUUGUGCAUUUCUGGUACGCCUUCUUCUGCGGCUUUUCGGCUCAGACUGUGUACGACGAAUGGUUCAUCACCUGCUAUAACCUGAUUUACACGUCUCUGCCUGUUCUGGGCAUGAGCAUCUUCGAUCAGGAUGUGAACGACCGUGUGAGUUUCCAGUAUCCGCAGCUGUACGCACCAGGCCCACAGAACAGCUACUUUAGCAAGAAGAUCUUUGCGCAAAUCAUGAUGCACAGCUGCUAUAGCUCCCUCAUCGUCUUCUUCAUUCCCUGGGCCGCCAUGGUGGACACGGUUCGAGAUGACGGCAGGGACAUUGCCGAUUAUCAGUCAUUCGCCUUGCUGGCUCAGACAUGUCUGCUCAUUGUAGUGAGCAUACAGCUCUGUCUGGACACGCAUUACUGGACAGCCAUCAACCAUUUCUUUGUUUGGGGAAGUCUGGCUGCCUACUUUGCGGUGACAUUCACCAUGUUCAGCAACGGCAUGUUCCUCAUUUUCACUUCUACUUUUCCUUUCAUCGGCACUGCUCGAAACUCCUUGAACCAGCCGAACGUGUGGUUGACGAUACUCGUGACCGCCCUCCUCUGUAUCCUGCCAGUGGUGGCGAUCCGCUUCAUCUUCAUCCAGCUGAGGCCGACAAUCAACGAUAAGGUGAGAUUUAAGCUGGGAAAAGAGUUGCCUCGGGUUCCCACGCCCCGCCGCCUGCAGCCCAGGCGCAUCAGCACGCGACGCUCGGGCUACGCCUUCUCUCACGCCCAGGGCUACGGAAACCUCGUAACCUCGCAGAAGUACUUGAUCAAACGCCCCUUCAGGAGGCCGCCACUCUUCACCCCCAGAGUAGACUCCCCGCUGGCUCAGAAUGAGCCGCAGACGUACCGGACCAUCAUGGAGGAGACCUGAACACCAAUAGAUUGAACCUCCAAAGACAUGCAUUCGGUUUCAUGAUAACGUAUCGACAAAUGAAAAGAGCAUUUUGUUCAUGUUGUUGAAGCAGUCUGACACUGUUUUACAGCGAAGAUAGGAAUGCAGAUCAGAUCAGCAACAAUGUGACUGGAUCAGCUUGUGUGUGAGAAUGUUGUUUUUGUUGAGGACAUUCCUUUCAAUCUUUUCAAGUAUGGUAAAUGAUUUUUUUCAUGUUUUAAUAAUAAUAAAAACAAAUAUGUUGUUCAUUGGCCACCUUAAUCUACAGCUGUAAGUACAAUGCUCAAAUGUCCUUUGUUUAAAUUUGUAAAACAUUUGGAAUAUUUGAAUUCUUUGCCAGUGACAUAGCUUGCGCUGACAU